AAGUCAAAGUACGAUGCAAGCAUCGACAUCUUCUCUUUUGGUGUCGUGGCCAUUUUCACACUCUGCCAAACCUUCCCCUGCGACUUGCUAGCUCCCACCUAUCGUGAAGGUCGACAGCAUAUAGCUAGAACUGAGCUAGAGCGACGAGAGGGGUACAUGAGGAUGAUCUACAGUCAGCUACGCGAGAAGCAUCCUCUCCUCCAGAUGAUCGAGGGGUGUCUGGACUUCCCUGAAUACCGGCCGAGCAUUCGUGAGGUACUGCAUCUGUUGGAGGAGGCCAGAGCUGAAGUGAGAGACGAGCAGACAGACAUGAACAAACUUGAGCUGUUGCGAGCUCUUCAGACCCAGCCCAGGAACCAGAAUGUUGAGCUAGAGGGACAGCUGAGGAGAAAGGAAGCAGAGUUAGCUGAGGCUCAGCACCAACUGAGACAGAAGGAGGAACAGCUGCGAUCAAGUGAGGCUCUAGUGGCUGACUUCCAGAAGGCCCAGAGAGACUCUGAGACUCAGAGAACAAAGACCCAGCCUGCUCCCCUAGCAACAGCUGUACCCCAUGCCAUACCACCUGUAGUUAAACCACGAAAGGUAGGCAACAUUAACAUUGAUAACUGUUGUGGUAGAGUAUCGGGAGGCCUUUAGAAAUGCCUAGAAAUUUACUGAUUGUGUUGGUGUCUGGUUGUAUGGCGUAUUCAUACACUAUACACUAUGGGAUACCAGUGCACAUACAUACACUAUGGGAGAGAAUGAAUACCAGUGCACAACUUGGCACAUGACACAAAAUGGUUCCAUCGCCAUUAUGUGCAGUGGUGUUCUCUGCCUUCUACGGUAGACACACAACCAUAAUUAUUAGAAAGUGGGUGUGGCCCAUGCGUCGCAAAGGUCUGUGAAUACAUGCUCUAAACUGGCCACUACGUUUGCACGUACCAUACAUAUGUAGCACCCGUACUGUAUGUAGACUAUUUACUCGUUAUUCAUUACGUAAUCUUACCGUGUCAUUCGUAUAAAAAGUGUAUGCACGUGGAAAAUAAUCAGAUUUGAGACUCAGCCAGAGUCACUGAAGAGAUGAGCGUUGCCACGCGCAAGGCUGGUCGUGCCACACAUAAGAGACAGAGAGAAGUCGCGCACUUGUUUUCUCUCCCAUAGAGAAUGUAUGGAGG